AUGUCUGUCGCCGAUUUGAAAAACAACAUCCACAAGUUAGAUACUGGCUAUGGUUUAAUGAGUUUGACUUGGAGAGCCGAGCCUAUCCCUCAGUCGCAGGCUUUCGAGGCCAUGCACAGAGUGGUUGAGUUAUCCAGAGAACGUGGGCACAAGGCCUUUUUCAACGUUGGUGAAUUCUAUGGUCCCGAUUUUAUUAAUUUGUCGUAUGUUCACGACUUCUUUGCGAAAUACCCAGAUUUGAGAAAGGAUGUGGUUAUCAGUUGUAAAGGUGGUGCAGACAAUGCUACCUUAACCCCCAGAGGCAGUCACGAUGAUGUUGUACAAAGCGUAAAGAAUUCAGUUAGUGCUAUUGGUGGCUACAUCGACAUCUUCGAAGUCGCAAGAAUCGACACUUCCCUAUGCACGAAAGGAGAGGUCUACCCCUACGAAUCGUUCGAAGCGCUUGCUGAGAUGAUCUCCGAAGGCGUUAUUGGCGGUAUUUCAUUAAGUGAAGUUAAUGAAGAGCAAAUUAGAGCUAUUCACAAGGAUUGGGGAAAGUUUUUGACCUGCGUUGAAGUGGAACUUUCUUUGUUCAGUAAUGACAUUUUACACAACGGAAUUGCUAAAACAUGUGCUGAAUUGGGGUUGUCCAUCAUCUGCUACUCCCCACUGGGCAGAGGAUUGUUGACAGGUCAAUUGAAGUCAAACGCUGAUAUCCCUGAGGGUGACUUUAGAAAGUCGUUAAAGAGAUUUAGCGACGAGUCUUUGAAAAAAAACCUGACCUUGGUCAGGUUUCUACAGGAAGAAAUAGUCGACAAGCGCCCACAAAACAACUCCAUUACUCUUGCACAACUGGCUUUGGGAUGGGUUAAGCACUGGAACAAAGUUCCGGAAUACAGUGGCGCCAAAUUUAUCCCAAUUCCAAGUGGCUCUUCUAUUUCCAAGGUUAAUGAAAACUUUGAUGAACAGAAAACCAAACUUACCGAUCAAGAGUUCAAUGCCAUUAACAAAUAUUUGACUACUUUCCAUACUGUUGGUGACAGAUACGAAAUGGCGUAA